GUCAUGAGGGCCUAUCAGAUCGAGAUGCUCGACAAGAGCCUCAAGCAAAAUGUCAUUGUUGCUAUGGACACGGGAAGUGGCAAGACUCAAGUAGCUGUGCUUCGUAUCAAGAAGGAGCUGGAAAUCUGCGAUGCAUCAAAGAUCAUCUGGUUCAUCGCGCCAACAGUUUCGCUGUGUCAUCAGCAACACGAUGUGCUCAAGUUGCAGAUACCUGCCGUGCCCAUGAUGACACUGGCCGGGAACUCCAAUAUCGAUGCUUGGGGGCCGGAUAUCUGGGCCAUUCUUCUCGACACGGUUCGAAUUGUCAUAUCCACACCCCAGGUUCUGCUCGAUGCCCUUGACCAUGCUUACCUGAACUUGGGUCUUCUGGCGCUGCUUGUAUUUGAUGAAGUCCACAACUGCAUUGGCAGAAGUCCAGGCGGCAAAAUCAUGCUCCACCACUACCAUCCGCGCAAGCUGGCUGGUGAAAGCGUGCCUGCUGUUCUGGGUCUGACGGCAACUCCGAGCAUUCAGUCUGAGCUUGCCGAUAUUGAUGCCUUGGAAUGGCUGAUGGAUGCAAGAUGCGUCUCGCCCACUCUCCAUCGCGACGAACUGCUCAAAUGCGUCAAGAGGCCCAAUAUCAAGCACAUCAUCUAUAAAGCCGGCAAAGAAGACAUCACGACGCCCACCAUGCGCGACUUGGAUCGGGUCUACCGGGCGCUGGACAUUCUCGAAGACCCCUACAUACUCAUGCUGCGCAACAACCCUACGGACCGAAACAACCGCCUGCUGCUAACAGCCAUUGAAAAGUACGAUACCUACACACAGAACCAGAUGAAGUCGUUCUGCGCCCGAUCAAGAGAGAUAUGCAAGCAACUCGGUCCCUGGGCUGCUGACCUCUUCAUCUGGAAGGCCAUCUCAGCUCACUUGGACAAGGUGGACAGGCAGACGGAUGGAGUUGACGAGUAUGGCAACAAGUGGUCGUCGGGGUCGACAAGCUUCCUGGAAAAGAAGCACCUGGCCGACAUCUAUCGUCGAGUCAAGGUCCAACGUCCUUCCGAUGUGCCACAGGUCUUUGAAGACAUUUCCGACAAGGUCGGUAAGCUAAUCUUUGAGCUUCUGUCGGUAGAGGAGCCCACGGUGGGCAUCAUCUUCGUCGAGGAACGAGUCAUGGUUGCUAUGCUGGCCGAGGUUCUCUCUGUCAACCACACAAUCACGUCCCGGUACCGGAUCGGGACCAUGGUUGGCACCUCAAAUUACGCUGGGCGGCGGAAGGCCGUUUAUGACUUCGACCAGAAAACGGACUACAAGGACCUGCAGAGCUUCCGCUCCGGCAAGAUUAACCUGCUGAUUGCGACGUCAGUGCUGGAGGAGGGCAUCGACGUGCCUGCCUGCAACCUAGUCAUAUGCUUUGACACUCCGACGACCCCAAAGUCCUUUAUCCAGCGGCGCGGACGGGCUCGCUCCAAGGACUCGAAUCUCCUUCUUUUCUUUGACGAUGCCAACCCUGCGAUCUUGAAGUGGCAGGCGAAAGAGGAGGAGAUGAACAGGAUCUUCGAAGACGAAGAGAGGGCGAUUCGCGAACUCGGCAAACUGGAAGAUUCGGAGAGUCCGAGCACCAUCUCCUUCACCGUCCCGUCUACCGGCGCAAGGCUAGAUUUUGACAAUGCGAAGCAGCACCUCGAGCACUUCUGCAGAGUCUUGUGCCCGUCGGACUUUGUGGACAGCCGCCCGGACUACAUCAUCCGCAGGGAGCAGGACUCUCCUUUGUUGACUGCCAUUGUACUGCUCCCUCCGUUUCUGCCGGUGAAUCUGAGGCAGCACACCAGUGCUUCUCCUUGGCGCUCCGAGAAGAACGCCACCAAGGAUGCUGCGUAUCAGGCGUAUAUAGCCCUGUAUGACGCGAAGCUCGUCAACGAGAACCUGCUGCCCUUCAAGUCCAGCGACAUGCUCGGAAUCGAUAAGCGAGUAUCCGAGGUGCCGGUCGAGCCGUUGAUGAAGCCAUGGCAUCGUGUCGCUCCUGCGUGGCGGGAAGCUGGCGACAAGUGGCUUUACUCCUUGAGCUGCGUGGAGGAGGACGGCCGAGUAAGUGCAGAGUACGAGGUUCUGCUGCCAGUCUGGCUGAACCAGCCUCAGCCCCUGAAAAUGUUCCUCGACCGCAAUCACCAGGUGGAGUUGCAGCUGAAGGCCGGGAUACCCGUGCCGCACGAGCAAGUUGCGUCCCUGCCAGAUCAUACAUCGACUUUGCUGGCGCUGCAUUUCGGUCAUCGAUGGCCUCUCGAGCAGAAAGAGCACGUCAUUCGGGUCUGGGCCAAGGAUCAACCCCUAUCGCUGAACCAAAUUGGCGAGCUCACAUACGAUCCACAGAAUGAGAGCGUCAGCCGGGGAGAGUUUCUCAUCCGGGACAACACCAGAGCCCCCUACCUGUACAAGGAUACCAUUGCGUUCAAGCCCGAACCGAGCCAGGUCCAGAAUACCUUUUACGAGUACGACAAGGCGCCCGAAGACGUGCCGUAUCUCGUGCUCACCAAAUGGACGCGGCGGACCGACUUUCUGCAUCGCCUCCAAGGGAAUCCCGCCAAGAAUGAGGUUAGUAGCAAGCCAUACGCACGCGUAUAUCCGCUGUCGUGGGCGACAGUCGAUACCAUCCCCGCCAGGCACGCCCAGUUUGGCAUGCUGAUCCCGACCAUGAUCCACGAGCUCGGCGUCAUGCUCAUGGCCAAGGAGCUGGCCUACUCCGUUCUCGACGAGGUUGGCAUUUCGGAUCUGCAGCUGGUCAAGGAGGCCAUCAGCGCGCGGAGUGCCUCGGAGCCGGUGAAUUACGAGAGGCUGGAGUUUUUGGGCGACUCGAUUCUCAAGUUUUGUGCCUGUAUGCGCGCCGCUGCUGAAAAACCCGACUAUCCCGAGGGCUAUCUCUCGUAUUGGAGAGACCGACUCGUCUCCAACUCGAGGCUGUACAAAGCCGCUCUCGAGUUUGGGCUGCCGAGGUUCAUCUUGACGAAACCUUUUACCGGUCAAAAGUGGCGCCCACUCUACCUGGACGAGGUCCUCCAGCAAGGGGACGUCGCUACGCCGGAGAAGAGAAAAUUAUCGACCAAGACGCUCGCAGACGUGGUCGAGGCGCUGAUCGGGGCCUCAUACGUCGAUGGAGGCCUUUCAAAGGCAGUGACUUGCAUCUCAAAAUUCGUCCCCGAAGGCUCGUGGACCAGUGUUGAUGCAGAUAGAGAGUCUCUCUUUGCGAGAGUGCCAGACGGCGAGCCUCUCCCGCCGCCAUUGGAGCCGCUGGAGAAGUUGAUCGGCUACACGUUCCAGAAAAAGGCGCUCUUGAUGGAGGCUCUGACGCAUGCCUCGUAUGCUGCAGACUUCGGAACGCGAUCUCUCGAGAGGCUCGAAUUCAUAGGAGACGCUGUCCUGGACAACAUUAUCGUUACGAAGCUCUUUAGGCUGAAGCCAGCGCUGCCCCAUUUCAGGAUGCAUACGCUGAAGACGGGCCUGGUGAAUGGGGACUUUCUUGCUUUCAUGACAAUGGAGCACGGAGUGCAACUGGCGGCGGACCCUGUGGUGACAGAAGAAGCUACGGUGGAGGUCCCGGAAACGAUUUCCUACCUGUGGUCGUUUUUGAGGCAGGCCUCUUUUCCCAUUGCCAUCGAGCUGAAGGAGACGAACAAGCGGCACGCUGCCCUGAGAGAGCAGAUUCACGAAGCAAUGGACAAUGACGAUCAUUACCCCUGGGCGCUGCUGGCCGCCCUGAGCCCGAAGAAGUUCUACUCUGACCUCUUCGAGGCGGUUCUCGGCGCUGUGUGGAUCGACUCCGGGUCGCUGGCGGCGUGCGAGGGCAUGGUUGCGCAGUUUGGGAUCUUAAAGUACAUGGAUCGGCUGCUGCGUGACGAAGUCCACGUGCAGCAUCCUAAGGAGGAGCUGGGCAUGUGGGCAAACACAGAGACUGUGACGUACGAGCUCGAGAUGAAGGGGAGCGAGGAGAGCGCGGGGGAGAGGGAGUAUUUCUGCAAGGUGUUUGUUGGAAAGAGGGAGGUUGUGGAGGUUCGUGGGGGGGUCAAUAAGGAGGAGGUGAAGACGAAGGGUGCGACGGAGGCGUUGCGGAUUUUGAGGGAGGAGAAAAGGCGCGGUGCUGAGGAUGUGGUGAUGGUGGGAUAA